AUGCACUCACUUGUCGUUGCGGCCCCGCUUCUUGCGGUCGACGGAGCUGAACCCGGCGACGACGAGGUUGACGGUGACAGCAGCCUCCUUGGUCUGACCGCCCGCACCUCCGCGGCGCUGGGGCUCGGCCGGUCCCGUCACGACGCACAUGACCUUGGUGUGUCCCAUCUCGAGGUAGCUGGAGCCGUCGGCGGCUUCCUGUGUCCGGAUCUGGGCGUGCAGCCGUCGGAGCUCGUUCCAUCGGCGGCCAUCAACGCGCAGCAGCGCCAUGGAGGUCGUCAGCGGUCAGUCGCCGUGUAG